CACACACACACACACACACACACACACACGAGGGGGACAAAAAUGGUCCAGGUUUCUUCUUACUGCCCAUAAAUUAAGGACAAUAUGUUGCGCGCGAGGGAUCUUCCUUAGGCUUUUGUUGUAGGAAUGCCAACAUCAGGAGCAGAGUGUUCAAUCACCCCGCGAACUUUUUUCCUGUGUUAGCAAGCUGCCCCAAACUUUCCGAUGAGUUCCUCGUGGAAAACCGCGCAACUGUGAGUCUCAGACAUGGAACUUUUCAGCGUCUUUUUAAACUCACCCAUCUGCGUCUGGUGCCUGUGUUUAUUCCCGCUGAAGUUACUUGCGCAGCUGGCUCCAGAGUGCUAUCCGGGCGGAUACAGGACAUUGAGAAAUGCAUACCGUAGCGUUGAUUUCGACUCUACUGAACUUCAGAACACAGCGAUACAGGAUCUGAUAUGUGACCAUUCGCUGCCAGCCGGAUGGUACCGAUUUUCCAUAAACAACAAGCCCGCGGAGAUGCCGACCCGCUGCGUUGAGAUGAACCGCUGUGGGACACAGGCUCCAGUGUGGUUGUCUCUAAAGGACAGCUCUCUUCCGAGGCCUGGAGAGGUCAAGCAGCUCUCGGCCUGUGCCACUUGGCAGUUCUUCCAUGGAAGCACCAAAGACUGCUGCCUCUUCCGUAUACCAAUCUCUGUCCGGAAUUGUGGAAAGUUCCUACUCUACUUCCUGCAGCCGACACAGGGUUGCAUGGGAUACUGUGCGGAAGUUGCUUCACCAUACACACCUAAAUUGUGCCCACCUGGAGAAACAAUAGUUAACAGUGUAUGUAAGGCAAACGUCCCCUCACUGACCUCAAAACCCUUGGUGACCCCAGAGCUGGUCGGUAGCAGUGUCCACCUCCGCUGCUCCUUUACUGGGGUGACGUCCAUGUGGCCGGUGGGGUAUCAGGUUGUGUGGGCCAGAUACUCCUCCAACACCAUGAAGGUGGAGAUCAGACGAGACACAACCACCAGACUCUACUCACUGGUGGAGAUGGACGGAGUUCACUUCAGACUGGGAGAAACGUUUUCCUGCAGCGUGUCCACCUUCCUGUUAAACUCCUCCAGCUUGCAGUCGGCAUCUAAAGAAAGCGCUGGGUUUUUCGCAGGAAUUAAGUUUGUUCCAGAUGUCCUGCACAUCCGUGAGGAUGCUAAAAAGCACGUUUUGGCCGUACACAGCACUGUCCCUAUUCCCUGCCAUGGGUUUGAGCACAACCGCCGCUGCAAAGUGACUCUUGCUCUCAGCGUACAUGAAGCAGACAAUGUAGUUGUGAAGGUUUCAAACGUGGCCUUAUCAUCCUGCUCGGUCGAGCUCCUGUCCCAGCCCUGUCGAAACAGCGUCUGUGCUCAGGGUACCGUGACUCUCAGCGCUGUUACUGAUUUCACCCGGGACGGGGACCGGGUCAGCUUCCUCUCCACUCAGCCCGCCGAAGGCAGCCCUCGUCUCUGGAGAGGUUACAACCCUCCUGCACUGAAGAUCACAGUUCAAGAUGUUCCAACGGCAACCUGUUACUCCCUAACUGACCCUCAUGUCAUUACAUUCGAUGGCAGGCGAUACGAGAACCAGCAAACAGGCACGUUUUUGCUUUAUAAGAGCACAAAGCGUGUUUUUGAGGUCCACACGAGGCAAUGGGAUUGUGGGAGCCGACAUUACUCUGUGGCGUGUACCUGCGGAGUGGCGGCUCGAGAGGGCAACGAGGUUGUGACCUUUGACAUGUGCAAUGGGAAGCUGCGAGAAACUCGCCCCCACUUGUCCGUCAAGGCAUUGGGACCAUCCAUAACAAAUCAGAUUAAGAUCCAUGAGACGCAUCAAGGGAAGAAAGUCACGAUCGUUUUUGCCUCAGGGGCGUUUGUGCGAGCAGACAUCAGUGAUUGGGGAAUGAGUCUGUCCGUCAGGGCUCCAAGUCAGGACUUUAACGCCACCAGAGGCCUGUGUGGGUUAUUUGACCGGAACAGCCACAAUGACCUCCACCAUCCUGCAGGCACAAGCUACCAUGACAAAAACCUAGAGGAAUUCAUUCAGGACUGGAGGAUCACGCCUGGGGAGAGCCUGUUUGACAGCACGCCACCUGCCGUGGAUGAGGAGAUAAAGUGGAAUUUCUGUGCUUGUCAAAGGGGAUACAGCCUGUCCCUCCAUUCAGCACGUGCCUCCGAAGACCUAUUAAACCCGCCUGCCAUCUCUCGCUGCCUAUCUCACGACGACACAGAUUUCACAACCCUAUUCCCUUACAAAGAUGCCACUGCCGAGUACACCGUUAAAACUGUCUCCACCCGUAACGUCCAGAAGCGGGAGGCGUUGAUUGAAGUGUCAGAAUUAGGUGUUAAACUGAAGUCUCAAGUGUCCCAAGGUCUGGCAGAAAACUCUCCUUCUUUAGAGGAAUUAGAAUUAGACUCAUUAUUUAAAGUUGAUGCCCCUCGCUUGAAUGAAUCUAAGGUGCCCUUACCAAGCUCAGGUGGAAGGCCUAAAAGACAAACCCUUGACAUUUUGCCCAUUUACACCGUCCAGGCCCUAAGCCAGACUGACCUCGAAAGUUUUGCCUACUUCUUUCCAGAUGACCACCGCUCUUCCAACCAUCCAGCUGCCCACCCUUCCUGGCCGACAGCUAGUGGCCUCAAUUCUGCCAAAGCUUUGGAGGUCUGCCAGCUGGCCUUGGCGAACUCAACCGUGGGCACAGUAUGCAAGAGUCUGCUGGGUCGGCGCCUGGAAGAAGCUGUGGAUCUCUGCAUCCUGGAUCUUCAGUUGAAAGAUGAUUUGGCCUGGGAGGAUGCCCUUGUGUCCUUCCUGGAGAACGAAUGUGAACGGAAGUGGCUGGAGAACCGAAACCAGCAUUCCCAGGCUUCUAGUCCAUUGGCGGAUAUCGCAACAGCCCUACGUUGUCCAAAUUUCUGUAAUGGAAAUGGGGAAUGUGUAGAGCGGGGAUGUCAGUGCUAUCCAGGCUACAGCUUUCACGACUGCAGUCUUACUAUCAGUCAGCCAAUAGAAAUCACAGGUCUGGAGAACGACGGUUUGUGUGACGUUCGUGAGUUCGACUGUGACAGCGUGAGGGUUUUUGGGCUGGGAUUCAUCGACUCACCUGACCUUGCUUGUCUUGUAACCAGACUAAAGCACAUGAAUGGAGUUUGGAUCCCUAAAGAGGAAGUCAGAACCAAAGCAACCUUCCUGAGCUCUAAAGCGGUGGACUGCUCCGUCCCGAGACUCAGCAACAUGGACGUCGACAUGAUGGACAUCAUGAUGGCCAGCGAGCAGCCCUAUGCCAGAUGGGAGAUUAAGGUGACUAAUGAUGGUCAUCAGUACAGCGAGGGGAAAUUUUUAACCCUUUAUGACGGUAUUUGCCAGCUGUGUGUGACUGCCUCUGGACUUUGCAAGCUGAAGGAGAAAACGUGUAAUAUAGAUGGGAUGUGUUUUGCUGAGGGAGACUCCAGUCCUUCCGUUCCUUGUCUCCUGUGUAACUCCACGGCCUCCAAAUACACCUGGUCCAUUAAUCAAGCUAAUCGUCCACCGACCUUCCACGCGCCACGGGAUGGACUGCAGACCUUUGUAGGUGAGAACUUUGUGUACCAAUUCACAGCCACGGACCCUGAGGGCUCAGCCCUGCUCUUCCAGCUGGAGACGGGACCCCCUGGGGCCUCGAUUUCCCCGGCCGGGCUCCUCAUCUGGAAAGUGGAUGAGGAGGAAACGCGCAGUUUUCAAUUCACUGUGUCUGAUGAGUGUGAUGCCCAGAGCAGAUUUACAGCCGAGGUGAUGGUGCGGCCGUGCGGCUGCAUGAACGGAGGGACGUGUGUGACUAACAUCAAGUAUCCUGCGGGCAGUGGCGAGUACCUGUGCGUGUGCCCGGCUGGAAUUUCUGGUGACCUGUGCCAGGAAGAGCAGAAUGAAUGCAGCUCCAGCCCGUGUGGAGCAGGAGUGUGUGUAGAUCUGGUAGACGGCUUCCAAUGCCAGUGUCCUGCUGGACUCACAGGUGCCACAUGUCAGGACGAUGUGAAUGAGUGUGAGAGACGCCCAUGUUUUCCUGGCGUCAGGUGUGUGAAUGGCUUCGGCUCCUUCAGGUGCGGCCCCUGCCCUCGGGGCCUGCAAGGAGAUGGGAUCUCCUGCAAAGCACCAGCAAGAUUGGUCACAUCUCGUCCAAUCACCUCAUCAACGCGACCCGCCGUGUGGCCCAUCAACAAAACGCCCGUCCCCCUUUCUAAAACGACCUCCACUCACCUCCCGCCGGAGACCGACGAAUCUCCAAGCAAGACCUCGGUCAGCAAAGCCGCCACCAGCACGAGUCAGAGAACUGGUUUUCCCAAAGGACUAAACGCGACAUCCAAGUGUGCAAGUAGGCCGUGUUUUCCAGGUGUUCAGUGCAUUGACCUCCGGCCGCCCUACACUGGCUACGUCUGUGGACGAUGUCCUCCAGGAUACCAGGGCAAUGGGCGCACCUGCACAAAACAAUCAAAGCAAAGCACACCCCGCUACUCACCACAACUGACCCAAGUUACGAACAACCUACCCCAUGUCUCCCACGGCUUUCCCCAUCUGCACCUACCCGUUCUUCCAUUCAGGCAACCUCAGAGACGCCUAUCCUCACCAGCGAGGGUCCCACUCCAUCAGGUCACCACUCGCAUCCCCCUCUCACCAACCUUUCCACCUGUCACUGGGAAAGAGGAGUUGGAGCUGACUGGAGGACACACACCAGCCUCAACCAGCAGCAGGGAUCACCUCCUCUCUCGCUCUCACAGUCAACUGAACGUUCUUCCGAGUCCAGAGGAGCGAGAUGCUUCAUUUAAAGUCUCUGCAGGUGGAUUUGCAGGCGUCACGCCUGGAAAAGUCACAUUACCUCACACUUCAAGGCACAUUAAAGCACUAAGGAAGUCACCAGAGCAAUCCAGUCUGGUCACAAUUAUCCGACCUCGACCUUGGACACCUCUAGACUCCCAGAAACCCCUAACAGCAGCCCUAACCUCCCUUUCUUUCUCCUUUCCGGAGACUGAGUUCUCUGCAGAUGGAGGCCUUGGGGCCAGAAUCCAAGACCCCUAUGAGACGCAACCACUACCUCAGGAGAGUUACACCUACCUUGGUGGGCAAAGCCAAACCAAAAUCUUGGAAAACCAACCAACUCUUCAGAAUGGAGUCCACUGUGAGCUUGCAGGGGAUGGGAAACCUAUAUGUGGAAGGUGUCCUUUGGGAUACAUUGGAGAUGGGCAAAUGUGCAGAGCCGUGUGCAGACAUGCCUGCGGUAGAAACAUGGAGUGUGCGGCCCCCAACACAUGUCGCUGCAAGAAGGGAUAUCGUGGUCCCAAUUGUAAAACAGCAAUCUGCAGUCCAGCUUGCCUGAACGGAGGGAAAUGUGUGGCGCAAGAUGUAUGCGAUUGCAUGUCAGGUUACCAUGGAGAGGCUUGUGAAAGCGCUCUCUGCAGUUUGCCUUGCCUGCAUGGAGGCACCUGCGUGGGACGAAACACCUGUUCGUGUCCCUAUGGCUUCGUAGGGCCCAGAUGUGAAACCAUGGUGUGCAACAGUCACUGUCAAAACGGUGGGAAGUGUGCAUCACCGGAUGAGUGCGAAUGUCUGGUGGGGUGGACGGGACCAUCAUGCGAGACCGCUCUGUGUGACCCUGUGUGUCUCAACGGUGGAACCUGCAUUCGGCCGAACUCCUGCACCUGCCAGCCUGGUUUCUACGGGGCUCGGUGUCAAACCGCCGUGUGCAGCCCACCCUGCAAGAACAACGGACACUGUAUACGAAAUAACAUCUGCUCAUGUGUGGAGGGAUAUUCUGGGCCACGCUGUGAGAAAAGUGUGUGUGAGCCGGUGUGUAUGAACGGAGGGCGAUGCGUCGGACCAGAUGUGUGUGACUGCGCGUCAGGCUGGAGCGGAAAGAGAUGUGAUAAACCUGUGUGUCUGCAGAAGUGUUUAAACGGAGGUGAAUGUGUGGGGACGAACACCUGCCACUGCCGUCCCGGCUGGAAGGGAACUCUCUGCCAAAUCCCAAUCUGUGAACAGAGGUGUUUAUACGGAAGCCGAUGUGUUCAACCUAAUGUGUGCGCUUGCAGAAGUGGUUACAUGGGAACCCUUUGCUCUAAGAAGCUUCCUGUCCAGAGAGGGUAAGGAAAUGCCACGAGUCAUUGCUGCACUGAGGACACUGGGCCCAUAUUUUACUACUUAUCAACCUGACAGGGUUACACCAUCUGUUUCAAUUUGUAAAUAUCAUAUCUGAAGAUAUUAAUUUAUGUACAAGGUAUAAUAUAAUGUUUUUAUUUCACGGUCUUCAAACUUUUCUAUAUUGGUGAAAAUGAUUCCGAACAAAAUAAAUGGGUGUAUUUUACGAAACACUUUGCAGUUCAUUCUAACGUCCAUCAUUCCCGCACUUUACCCAGAAGAUCUAAAUAUUUUUUGCAAUUCCGUUUAGUGAUGGACGGCAGUGGCAAAUAAAUGUCAUGCUUCACCUCUAAAAAUGACCUUCGAUUUGUUUGGCCAGAUUUGAUUUGUAACACACUGCAGUGUAAAGCAGAGUUUGACCGAAAAACGAUCUCUCUUGUUAUUCAAGCCAAGGCAUAGACAAUUUAGCAUCCUUUGUCAUCCUUCCUCCAACUACGUGGCCUGAAAUUCGGCUGCACUCUCUUUCUCAGAGGACGUCCCCUUUAAUGUGACUGGAAUGUUAAAAAACCACGUAAACAUGCUGUUUGUGUCACGCUUGGCGGAGCGUGCAGUGGCUGCAGGUUUAGCGCAGAUCGCUUGGCAAAUAUAAACAGACAUCUCGGUGACAACACAAACAAGCAUCUGAACUAAUUAACGGCCAUUGAUGGCUGCCAUUAAUGAGUCAGCCGCAGAUAGUUCCUCUCAUGCAUAGCUAAUAAUCCAGCUGUUCGUAUACGAUUAGCUGAGGUGCGCAAAAAUAAAGAGAAAAGGACGGCAAACAUUAAACAGCUCGCUGUUUUUUAACGCAGAGGACAAUAAACUGUUCAUCACUAGUUUGAAAGGGUUACGAGGAGGCUGAUUAGUGUUUGAUUUAUUAAUUAUGAAUAUUUAUGAAAUGCACACACAACUGUUCAAAAGUUUGGAGUUUUUCUAAAAGACGUUUAUUCUGCUAGGACGAAUUAAAAUGCUUGAAAGUGACAGUAA